AUGGGGAAUAUUUGCUCUAAAUCGUCAAACCAAACGGAUCCAUUUGCGCAGCCUGGCCGAGUCCUAGGGUCACAGGCGGCUUCAACGAAGCCUACGCCGGCCAAUUCGAACACACCUCUAAUACGGAAUACCAACCCUUCCGAGCAGCAGUCGUCAGGUGGGAGGACAUUAGGAGGUGGCGGUAAAAAUGCGGUUGGAGGCGGUGAUGCCCGCAGUGCUGCCGCUAAGGCUGCUGAGGAACGUGCCGCGAAGUACUCAACAGCCGGGAAGGGGAAGUUGGCCUCUCAGCUCGCAGCGCAAAAAUCAAAGUCUAGAAACGAGACGCUAGAUGAUAUAAGUCGGGCUGAAAGGGCAGCGAGAGAUGCCCAGAGUGCUGAGGAAUCUCGAAGGUGGAACUGA